ACGGAUAUCGCAAACGCAGAUACGAUCUCUCACCCUGCGAUAAGCUUCUUCUAGGAAUCCAAUACUAUCCUAUAACCAUCAACCAUCACAAUCACCCCGAAGCACGUCCGCAGACAUUGAACAUGCCUCCCAAGCGACGGGCCGUCGAUGACAGCGAAGACGAGGUUCCCCCCACUUCUGUCGCAAAGAAGAACAAGAGCGCCGCCGCCGCCAGUGCGCCAGAUGGCAAAGAUGACGAGGGCAAUCCAUUCUGGGAGUUGUCAAACAAGCGACGCGUGGGAGUCUCCCAGUUCAAGAAGAUGUGCUUUGUCAACAUUCGCGAGUACUACGAGAAGGAUGGAAAGAUGCUGCCCGGCAAAAAGGGCAUUUCUCUGUCUGUCGAACAAUACCUUGCCCUGAUCAAAGCAGCUCCCGGUAUCAACGCGGCUCUGCGAGCAAAGGGCCAAGACGUCGACGACCCCGACGAAAUGGAUAUUGAAGAACCCGAGGUGGCUACAAACAAGAAGAAGUCCAAGUCGGACAAGUCCAAUAUUGAAGCAACUAGCGAUGAAGACGAAGGCGAUGAUUAGAUGCGGGAGUCUCCCUGUAGACCUUGUGGUAUUUGAUUUGUGAAGUCAGCCCUAUGGGGCUUUUAAUCGCUGGAGUUGGGAGAUUCUACUUAUGGCACAGCAGGCUGGUGCCUAGCAUGAGCAGGCAGCUCGUGGA